UUGGGUGGGGUGUGGACUCGAGGAAAAGAGGGAGGGAAGUGGGUGGAGGUGUGGUUGUGAGUGUUUGUGCGUUCCUUGGCGGCGAGGGCUGAGUCUGACAUUUGGAACGUAGAGAGCAGAAGGAAUUGGGCUUCAACAGAAAGGCUACCAUCAAAAAUCAUCAUGUUGGUUCUUCUAGCAGGAAUCUUCCUCCUUCACCUCACCAGCAUCAUCCUCCUCCUAGUGGCAACUAUCGACAAUGCCUGGUGGAUGACAAAAAUCGUGUCCACUGAUGUGUGGGCCAGGUGGAUACUGACCAAUGGAACCUGGAGCUCCAACGAUCUCCCCGGCCAGUACCCUCAAGAAUACCUCCAGGCAGUGCAGGCUAGCUCCAUUCUGGCCUGCAUAUUCUCUUCCCUUGGCCUGUUUGUGUUUGUGGGACAGCUCUUCACUCUGUCAAAGGGACAGAGAUUCACCUUCUCUGGCAUCUUCCAGCUCCUAGCCUGCCUGUGCAUCAUGAUCGCUGCCUCCAUCUACACAGACAUCUUUCACAAGAAUGAAUCGGAUGGUUGGUAUGGCCACUCCUUCAUUCUGGCCUGGAUCUCCUUUGCGUUCACCUUCAUCUCCAGUAUAAUCUACUUUGUCCUGCGAAAGAAGACCGCAAACUAGAAGCAGAAGACUAGCCCAAACCCAAGGGACAGGCUCAAUAUCUUACGAUCUGAUUGUUUUUUGUACAAUUAGGUAUGGAUAUGAGUGUGGGAUACAAAAGGGGAGAGUUAUCCACAGAUUUUCAUGUAUCUCUUUUGGUUCCCUGAAGUGUGUCUAAACAUAUUGUAAUAUCUUACCAGUCCUGCCAACAUAGCUAUAACUUACCUGUCCUGCCCAGUUAUAACUUACCUGUCCUGCCCACAGUUAUAACUUACCUGUCCUGGCCACAUAGUAAUAACCUACCUGUCCUGCCAACAUAGUAAUAACCUACCUGUCCUGCCCACAUAGUAAUAACCUACCUGUCCUGCCCACAUAGUAAUAACCUACCUGUCCUGGCCACAUAGUAAUAAUCUACCUGUCCUGCCCACAUAGUAAUAACCUACCUGUCCUGCCCACAUAGUAAUAACCUACCUGUCCUGCCCACAUAGUAAUAACCUACCUGUCCUGCCCACAUAGUAAUAACCUACCUGUCCUGCCCACAUAGUAAUAACCUACCUGUCCUGCCCACAUAGUAAUAACCUACCUGCCCUGCCCACAUAGUUAUAACCUACCUGUCCUGCCCACAUAGUUAUAACCUACCUGUCCUGGCCACAUAGUAAUAACCUACCUGUCCUGGCCACAUAGUAAUAACCUACCUGUCCUGCCCACAUAGUAAUAACCUAACUGUCCUGCCCACAUAUUACCAAGUCCAUGUUUAGUUUUCAUGGGCUCUUAAUAUAAAGUGGGACAACAUUUUCAAAGUUAAUGAAACUUUUACAGCCCUCAUAUAUUCGUUGGAGGUAUAUAGGGGAGUCAGAGAGUUUAGACUGACAGUAUCAUUAUUUCAGAAUCAUAGUCCUGAACUAUUCUUGCUUACAUUUGAUUUAUUUCUCAAUUAGGCUCAUAAUAAAACAAGGCCAAAACUCUCAAAACCAGAAGAAUGAAUUGACUAGUGCCGCAAACAGAAUCCAAUUUGAGAAACUGUCAACGAUCAUUACCCCGUUUGACUUACAGCCCUACUGUAGUGUGCUGAAUAAGACAAAGAAUAUCAUGUAUUUGCCAAUGUCCAUACAUGGAAUGGAACAUUAGUACUAACCUCACUGCUAACUGGACCCUCCCCUUUUUAGUUAUGUAGUUAUCUUAUGCUUUGUACCGUGAGUCUUAUUGUGUAGGUUAACUUCCGUUUGUCUGAAUCAACCUAUCCCCCAGACACACCCAUGGACUGACAGACAGACAGACGGAUAGAUCUUGAGUGCCUUGAAAUCUGACAGAGCAUAUUUGCUCGCUGCACAUUGAGAUAUAUGUGUAAAUAUGAACAUGUUUGGUUCCACAUUGUGCUUUGUAUGUCUAAUGCAAUUUUAUUUUUGUUACUAUUAUCAGUAUGAUAAUAAUUUGUAUUAAAACCAGAUUUAAAUCUAA